AGGACCAAAGACAUUCUUUUUACCUUCGUAUGGAGAUGGAAAAAACCCCACUACCUAGACCAAACGAUAUUGUAAUGACUCCACCAACAAACACCUACCAGCAAGAACCUAUAACUCCACCAAGGGCUAACCAUUCCGCUUUAAAGCCCAAUCAAGUGGGUCAGGUCAUAUUGUAUGGUGUGCCUAUUGUUUCCCUGGUAAUUGACGGACAAGAGAGGCUAUGUCUGGCACAGAUCUCUAACACCCUUUUGAAGCACUACAGCUACAAUGAGAUCCACAACAGGAGGGUUGCACUGGGGAUCACCUGUGUUCAGUGCACACCUGUACAGCUGGAAAUCCUGCGGCGAGCUGGAGCCAUGCCUAUCUCCUCCAGAAGAUGUGGCAUGAUAACCAAAAGGGAAGCAGAGAGACUUUGCAAGUCCUUCCUGGGCGAAAACUCACCCCCAAAGCUUCCAGAUAACUUUGCAUUUGACGUGUCUCAUGAAUGCGCCUGGGGUUCCAGGGGGAACUUUAUUCCAGCUCGAUACAACAGCUCCAGGGCUAAAUGCAUCAAAUGCUCUUAUUGUAAUAUGUACUUUUCUCCCAAUAAGUUCAUUUUUCACUCCCACCGCACCCCAGAAGCUAAAUACACCCAGCCCGAUGCUGCUAACUUCAAUUCCUGGAGGCGUCACCUCAAACUGACUGAUAAAACCCCACCUGAUGACCUGGCCUUUGCAUGGGAGGACGUGAAAGCCAUGUUUAAUGGGGGAAGUCGGAAGAGAGCCUUGCCCCAGGGGAACUGUUCUUCUCUCAGCCAGAUGAAGGCUGUCAGUAGUGUACUCCCUCACAUGAUAACUCCAGAUCUAUCUCAGAAAAGGACCAGGUUUGAAGAGGAUGAAGAUGUUGAGGGAACAAACCUGUCCCCUCAGAAAAACCCUCGCAGCUACCCAGUCAUCCCAGUCCCAAGCAAGAGCUUUGGCAUGCUGCAAAAGUUCCCUGCCACCUCUCUCUUCCCAAACCCUUACACCUUUCCGGCUUUCAGCCUGUGUCAGAAAAAAGAUGACAGUGAACCUGCUAAUGGUCAGAAACCAAGUGGACUAUCUGGGCUUCUUUGGCCUGGCAGGAAGGAUGCUUUCUACCCACCCUUUUGUAUGUUUUGGCCACCACGGACCCCUGCUGGUAUUCCAGUCCCCACCUACCUCCAACCUCAACCCAAUGCACUCACCUCUCUUUCUGAAAACCCCACACUGAGGCAGGCUUUCCUUGACCUCUCGGACCAAAGCGAAGCAGCAAGCAUGGCCAAUUCCAGGAGUGGCUUGUUUGAAAAUGAAUGUACCCCAACAACUAAUGACCUCAGGCCAGCGUCUGACGGGAGGUUGAAGCUCAUGGACAUGUCUUCAUUCCAGGCCAGGAAACCGAGCUACCACUCUGCCUUCAGGCCUGUAGUUAAAGAUGCAGAGAGCAUCGCCAAGCUUCAUGGUAACCUGGACGAAUUUGGCUCUGAUAGACACCUCUCCCCCAGGACCAGCUGCAGUUACCAGAGCGACAGUGGGGACAGUGAUGAGGAGCAGGAGGUGGAUGUGGAGACCAACAGACAGCAGGACGAAGAGGAAGAGGAUUUCAGCAGUGGCCAGUGCCCCCAGAUCAUAGUCCCUCCAGAAAACGGGGAGCAAAGGGCUAAAGAGAGAGUCCACUUCCCCAGCAUCAUAGCAGAAACCAACAAUAUAAAAACUGGCAGCACAGAGAAUUCACCUGCUAAUCUCAAAGACUCAAGAAGUCCUAUUCAUGCCUCAUUGGAGGAGUCAAGCUAUAAAGAUGGUCACAAAAAUAGAGGGAACACACAGACAGUUUUUAUUACCAAAGAAAAUGGAAGCUUUUCAGAUGAAAAUAAGGAACAGAACAACUUCAUUUCUGAAAUAGACACAUCUGGAACAGAAUUCUGGAAAGAAAACCCAGGUGACCAGGGGCAAGAAACAACUCCACCUGUUUCAGUAAAAACAGAUGUAGAAAAUAUGGAAAAAGAAGAACUCCAGAAAGUGCUUCUGGAACAGAUAGAUUUACGAAGAAGACUAGAGCAGGAGUUCCAUGUGUUAAAGGGCACUGCUGCGUUCCCUGUUUUCAAUAACUUCCAGGACCAAAUGAAGAGAGAGUUAGCCUACAGAGAAGAGAUGGUUCAGCAAUUACAAAUGAUUCCCUAUGCAAACUUGAUACGGAAAGAAAAACUCGGCACACAUCUGAACAAGUCCUAAAAGGAAGCUCUGUACCUGCUGCAGCUCAUAUCCUGUAAGAUACAAUCACCCACCUCAGAGCUUCGGCCAAUUCAGAGAUCUGGAAGGAAUCAUACAUUAACCCAGUACAGGGUUCUCAGCAUCAGGAGCCAGGCCCGUGACCUCCUACCAAUCCAUGGACUUCAAAGUAAAAUAGCAGAGUAGAAAGGGUGUAACUGGUCCUGUAGGAAUGAGAACACUGACUCAUUGAAAACACUGCUGUUGACACUUUUUUCAGCUAUGUAUAUAUUGUAACUGGUUGUAAAAUCUGGGAACUCUGUAGAUAUGAAGACAUACAUUUCGUCCAACCAAUAAAGCCUUGUUUUUCUUUUUCAGAAUAAUAUCUGUAAAAUGAAACACUUUCAUUUGUUUUAAGAUUAGCUGAAAUUGCAGUGUUAUUGAAGGGCAUUCCAUACUGUAUGUACUGUUAGCCCUUCUCUGGUAGCCUGCCUGCUGUAGAAAUCAAAUCAGAUACUUGGGGUGUAAUUAAAAGCAUUAUGAUGAACUGU